UCUCCCGCCGGGCUCAGAAGCAGCAAAGCGGAGCAGAGCAGCCACCGCCAGCCCAGCCCGAAUCCGGACAGCGUCGCACCGCGCUGCUGAAAGAAGCCUCAGCGACAGACGCUGCACCUCGUCCCGUCUCAUCGCACAGCAGCCCCAGGAUGUCCCCCGCCAGCCUCGCCGUCGCCCUGCUGCUCGCCCUCCUCGGCCCGGAGGUGCGAGGCCAGGAGUGCAGCGGGCAGUGCCAGUGCGGCGCGGGGCCCGGCCCCAGCUGCCCCGCCGGCGUCUCCCUGGUGCUCGAUGGCUGCGGCUGCUGCCGCGUCUGCGCCAAGCAGCUGGGCGAGCUGUGCACCGAGCGCGACCCCUGCGACCACCACAAAGGGCUCUUCUGCGACUUCGGCUCCCCCGCCAACCGCCGCAUCGGCGUCUGCACCGCUCGGGACGGAGCGCCCUGCGUCUUCUCCGGCAUGGUGUACCGGAGCGGCGAGUCCUUCCGGAGCAGCUGCAAGUACAAGUGCACCUGCCUGGACGGCGCGGUGGGCUGCGUGCCUCUCUGCAGCAUGGACGUCCGCCUGCCCAGCCCCGACUGCCCCUACCCGCGGCGAGUGAAGCUCCCCGGGAAGUGCUGCGAGGAGUGGGUCUGCGACGAGGCCAAGGAGCAGACGGCUGUGGGACCCGCGCUGGCCGCCUACAGACUGGAAGACACUUACGGCCCAGACCCCACUAUGAUGCGUGCCAACUGCCUGGUGCAGACUACUGAGUGGAGUGCUUGCUCCAAGACCUGUGGCAUGGGCAUUUCGACCAGGGUCACCAACGAUAAUGCUUUCUGCAGACUGGAGAAGCAGAGCAGACUGUGCAUGGUCAGACCUUGUGAAGCUGACCUGGAGGAGAACAUCAAGAAAGGCAAAAAGUGCAUUCGCACCCCAAAAAUCUCCAAGCCCAUCAAGUUUGAGCUGUCUGGCUGCACCAGCGUGAAGAUGUACAGAGCUAAGUUCUGUGGUGUCUGCACUGAUGGGCGCUGCUGCACACCCCACAGAACAGCCACCCUCCCUGUGGAGUUCAAGUGCCCCGAUGGAGAGAUCAUGAAAAGGAAAAUGAUGUUCAUCAAGACCUGUGCUUGCCACUACAACUGCCCUGGAGACAAUGACAUCUUUGAGUCUCUGUACUACAGGAAGAUGUAUGGAGACAUGGCAUAAAGCCAGGAGGAGCCGCUAACUAGAUUCUCAACUUGAACUGAUUUGCAUCUCAUUUUGUAAACAUGAUUCAAUAGCACAAGGUAUUUAAAUCAGUUUGUUUUUUUUUUUUUAAUUUCAACAAACUGCUCCAUGUGACUUAAGACAAUUUGUCUACUGACCCCAGACAGUGGUUUGAAGAAGGUAAAAUGGACUGUGGAACCACAACAAGACACAGCUUCAGAACAGUGCUGUUCAUGAGGUGGUGUGAAGGGGUUAAGGGAAAUGCACGGGAAAGGCAGACUUACGUGAAUGUUCCCUUAAUGUGGUACAGUGUUUUCUUCAUCUAGUAGUGCAAUUGAGAAGGAGACCAUAAGCAUGUUUGCUGACACAGGUAUAAGUGACAGCAACAGCUGGAAUGCAAACCCUCACCCAGAAAAGUGCGAAGCAGAAGGUGUUCUGUUUAGUCAGGACCGUAAUGUUUCAGCUCUGACACUCUGAUUCACAUGGCUUGGUCAGCAAGAAUCAGAAUCGUGUCUAUUUGACUGGACAGCUUGUGGCAGUUAGGAUACCUGCAACAAGCUACUUUUUAUUAAUAUUGUAAAUACUGUGUAUAUAUAUUUGUACAGUUAUCUAAAUUAAUUUAAGUUUUGUGCCUAUGUGUAAUGCUUUGAUAUUUCAAUGAUAGCCUUCUUCUUUGGAACAAGAUAGGUAGGAUCUGAAGCUCGUCUGACAAUGCAUUCAAAGUAUGAAAUGGAUACUUUAGUGGAAACUGCUCAGAGUGAAAUGAUGAGUGGAGUCUGAGAUGGAGAGUGUUAGCCUUGAGAUGCCUGUAUCCAUACAAAGCACUCGACUGUCUGGCAAAAUGCAUCUACCUCCACUUUAUUGAUCAAGUGGCUUUAAGAAAAACGACUCUUCUGUAGCUAAUCAAUCUUUCCACUUGAGCAUUUGUUUCUUUCUUUGACUAUGGCUCUUUUGGACAGUUUAUUUGUUGAGAAGUAUGACCAAAAGUUACAUGUUUGCACCUUUUUAGUUGAAAAUAAAGUAUUUAUAUUUUUUAUAUAAA